AUGAUUAAAAGAGAUCCUGAAUUGUUGAUUAACGUGGCAGAUGAUGAUUUUGAUUGUCUCGAGGAAACUGCAAGCGACAAAGAUGCUCUUGGAAUAAAAGACGAAGAUGACAUGCACGAAGAACUUGGCGAGUCUGAUGAGACGAUUACAAAUAAUGAAAUACUACCACAUACAACGGCUAAAAGAAGGCCUUUGGAAGUGACAUCUAUAGAAGAGAUUCCGUAUGAUAAGAAACCGAAAAUUAAGAGUGAACUGCUAUCAACAAGAUGA